GUGUCAAGGUGUCAAACGGUUCCACCAAAUCUCAUGCACAUGCUUCAUGACCACCGUCGCACAAGGUUGCCCCUACUUUAUAUCUUACGACGUAUAGCUCUUUUUGAUUAGAAGACCAAUUGACGGCUCCCGGCGCAUCGCACGCGGCACGUUACUUUGGCACAGAUGCCAAACUCCCUGACACGUAACAUGGGCCUGCGACUGGGACCAAUAGUCCUGGAAACAUUGGUCAAACAUUACUUCGAUCGUAUCAAGAAGGAGAAUGCACAGCAUUCCAACUUUGCAACACAGCUGCACCAGGAUGAACUUCUCUACCAUGAAGCGUUCAACAUUGUAAAGAGUUUCCUCGAGGCUGCGACAAAUCACACUAUGGAGGAAGUCCAAGCAUUCUCGAACAACCGGACGCCGUCUCUUCCCUCGGUCCAUGUUGUGCGUUUAUUAGUCCCAGUGUCCUGCUGCGAUGAGGCUGCCAGCUACAUCGUACAAGCGCUCGGUGGAGAAGAAUUCGCCAAGCGCUUAGUCGGUGGCACAAAGUGGUGGCAAGUGCGUGGUGUCAAAGGUGUCGAUGCGGAGUGGAUCACGGCUCGAAAGGACUAUCAAGAGGCGAAGAAGCGGAGAAAAGCGAAACAUGAAAAGAGCUUAAACACUGAAAUACCCGCCAGUGAAAGCGAUACCCCGACCUCAAGUGGACUGCCAGCCUCCGAUUCAAAUGAGAGUAAUACCUACAGGGAAGAAAUGGAUGAAAUGCGCUGCAUACUAUACGCUCACGGAGGGGGUUACUAUUUUGGAAGCGUUGAUCUGGAAAGAAUAAGUAUCCAGCGGCAUGCAAGAAAGAUCAACGGUCGUGUUUUUGCUGUCAACUACCGCCUGGCUCCGCAGUAUCCCUUUCCCUGCGCCUUGCAAGAUCUUCUUGCCGCUUACCUUUACUUGAUCAAACCUCCUUCUGAUGCGUCCCACCAGCCAGUACAACCAGCACAUAUCGUUGUCGCAGGAGAUUCCGCCGGGGGCGGUCUAACCCUCGCAUUAUUGCAAAUCUUGCGCGACACUGGACUCCCAUUACCUGCAGGAGGGAUCUUGAUUUCUCCUUGGUGCGAUUUAACACACUCUUUCCCGAGUGUUCAUACCAACACCGCCACGGAUGUAAUUCCUUUGUACGGACUGUCAUUCCACAAACCGAGUCCCUUGUGGCCUCCGCCGUCAGAUGAAAUGACCCACAGCGUCCGUUCUAAAUUGCGCGAACGAAUUCGUCAGAUGGUCCGGCUUGAGUCGAAACAGGAUAAGAACGACGCUGAAUCCUUGGAUGUCCGUAUACAUCACGAUUCAAAGGGUGCAUCGUCGCUUAGCGGAAACGGAGAUGUCCGGUUCAGCGAAAUGCCUAUUGAUGUGGGCGCUACUGCUCCACUACCGUCAGUCGACAAGAAAGAAGAUCAGACUAUACGGCUCCUAGCCAAGUCAGGUGAAUUAUUAGUAUUAGAAGAACAAGUGCACAUCUAUGUCCAGAAUAGCUUGCUCGGACACCCACUUGUUAGCCCGGCGCUCUCGUACCUGGGAGGCUUGCCGCCCUUACUCUUCAUUGCGGGUGACAAGGAGGUUUUGAGAGACGAAAUCAUCUAUUCGGCUCAUAAAGCCGCGCAUCCUUCCCGUUUUCCCAUCAAGGAAGAAGUACGCUUUCUCUACCCACCACUCAAAGGGAUAGAAGACCGUUCUAUUCCAACUGCAGUCCAUUUACAGGUCUACGAUGACACCGCUCAUGUUUUGCCGGUCCUGUUCUCGUUUACUACUCCGGGAAAAUUUUGCUACCGCGCAAUUGCGUCUUUCACUAAGCAUGUCACAGGCAUGAGCGCGUUUUCCAGAUCCUCGUCUAGUCCAAUUGUCUCUCCUAGCGCCUUACCCUCUCACCCCGUCAUAACGAGCUCUUCUCUGUUCUCCCGCGCGUUCUCUACGCCUGAAUUCCUACAUCGCAUCCAAGGCAAAUCGGGUAGCCCAUCGUCGUCUAAUACUCCCGAUUCCCCCGGUCCUUCCCCGCGCUCAUCCAAAUACUUUCUCCCUCCAUUUUCUCGACCUGGUAUGUCGGCCCGUGCAAACACACUCCAGGUACCAAAGUCUGCAUCUGAUAACGCUCUUUUCAAAUCUUCACUGCGGGCUCAAUCUUCGGAUGACGUACACGCGGGAGGCCCGGAGAUCACUGGUAGUGUGUCCGACUCCGCUGAUAUAGCGCAGCGAUUUGCAGGAGAAGGUAGGGUAUAUUGCGACGAGCAAGGUGUUCCCUCCUGGAAGGAAGGCAUGAUUCGUGAAAGGGUGGCGAAUUCCGGCGUAAUUCGACCACUGGAACCAGAGUCAGACUUGGAUGCAUUUCAUGUUCCCCCGGAAAUCAUGGGAGCUUUCUCGGAGCUCACUAUGCGACGCUAUUUAGAGGGAAGGCCAAAUAUGACAAAAAGUUCUCGAAGGAAAUACGCGCCAUCCAGAAGCAACGUGACCGCAACCUCGGAGCUCUCGAGCAAAGACGUUCUGAAGAACAUCGCACAACUUCAGGGCUUGCAGGGUUCGCAGAGCAAAAAUGGCAAGGGGAAGGCACACAAUACCACGAAAGGCAUCAAAGAAGGUCUAGAAGCUGCCUCUGCCAGCUGGAGUUGGGCUUGGGCUCUGGACGCAGACGAGCGUCCACCACCGAGUAGUAUUGUAUCGCGGCGAGAUACAGAUGAAGCUCGACGGCUCGCGCGGAUCGUUGACCAAGCUGUCUUACAAGAGCACAGUCAGAUGAGCGCCAACAGCUUAUGGGCUGUCAUCGUUGAUUUCUUAACUAUCGCCCCCGAUCAUAAGCAUCCCGGCUCUGAUGCCAGUGAUGGAGAUCGACCAUCACCCUCAAUGCAUAAACGCAAGUCGUUCUUUACCUCACUGCGACCCGGGGAACGAGAGACGAACAAGUCUGAGCCGAGUAGAUAAUGUACAUAUAGUGAGUCCUCGAGGAGCUCCAUCCUAGUACUUGAUGUUUUUACUACUUCUGUAGUCCAAAAGUUCUGCGCUACGACACUAUCAUAUACAGAUAUGAUACUAGAUGAUUAUUUAAUGCGUAACAACGAAAGAUGUUCGUGAAGUUGCCCACGAGGACAACAGCAUCACCUCUUCACUGUCCGUGUGCACCCCCGGGAGUCUACCUGCAGUUAAACGGGCCUCGUGAGCAGGUCGCGAUCAACAUCUCCCUCUCGACACUCCUAGGAAGGUUCCACAUUUUCUGGCUCGGAAUCUGUUUGCCCCAUUUUCCGGCUUCAUCAUUGCAUACGCGGCAGGAGGCUGCCGCGCUCGAAGUGUACACAUAACUUUAACAUGGCUACGUCUCGGCAUGCCAUUUCGAAAUGGCGUGUUUGUCCAAUUCCGCCACUAGCAGUAUUAAAGUUGUAG